AGCCAGACCCCGUUCGAGACAAUGAGGGGUGGGACACAAUUUUAUUUAAAAUCUCUUUAGAGGCCUAAUCUUGCGCUUUAAUCAGGAACAGAGCAAAGUUAGGUUGAAGGUUCCUAGGCGGGCUACGUAGGCUACUUUAUCGAGAUGGAGCCAUGGGCUGUUUGUGAACUUAUUUCAAAGCGGAAGGCUGACGUCUAGCCUAUGUUCCAGCUCGGCUUCGUGUUUUCGGUUUAUCAGUCAAAGAUUUUAGACCGAGAUUUCGCGUCACAGCGCCGCGCUUGAGACGAGACACAUCUGGUAAACUUGGACGGACCAUAUAUCUUAAACCGAAAGGACGGGCGUUCAUUUUCCCAGUCAGGUAUCUUGGAUAUUCAGUUUAGAGUCGUUUCAUUGUAGCAGAACUGAAAUUAUUUGACAUAAAGUUGGGAGGAGCGCCAUAUAAAAAUACUGACUUUGAUUCGCAUCGAAACAGGAAAGGAUGUGGAGAGAUUCUACGAUUCAACAUCUGGGACUGAGAACUUUCACCGAACUCAAAGGUUGACAUAUGAAUGGAAGACGUAUCUAAUACAUUCAUUUUGGUUGUCUUUUAACACUUUAAAGUAGUUUAAAAGACACAUUUUGUUUGUAAUAUGGGACCAGCGUGGCGCAUGUCUGUGGUGAUACAUAAUUUGGCUUCUUCGUGAAAAGCAAGAAGCUGCGCUUAAAAGGACAAAUAAAACGGAGAAUGGGGGGUGCUGCCAUGGUCACAGUGCUGCUGGCUGGGAUGUGCCUGUGGACCUCCACAGCUCAUGCAGAUCAGUCAUCUGUUGGAUCGCCGUCCGGGGGCCCUGACGGCGUCACCGACCUGCUGUGUACGUGUGAGAACAAGAAGGGGACUUGUAGGAACGGCACCUGUAGAGGUGCCUACUGCUUCUACACCAAGGUGCAUGGCAGAGAGGAGAGGGGCUGCUUCCACAAGGACCACUACAAGGAGCAGUGUUACACCAGCUUCCAGGGACUGUACGUCCACUGCUGCACCAAGAACCUCUGUAACGUCAACAGCACCGCUCCCCCAGACCCAGUUGAGCCUACGAGGGAGGAGGACAGUGUGAUUCUGCUGGUGGCAGUCCCUCUGCUGGUGUUGCUGAUCCUGUCCGUGGCUGUGUGUGGCCUGGUGCUGUGGCUACGCUCCAGACGACAGCACCACAGGCUGGGCUACAGAGAGGACCGUGACGUCUCCAUGCUCAAGGUGCCCAGUGGGACAGACCCUACCUACGGGGAAAUCUUCGAUGAGUUCUGUACCUCAGGCAGUGGGACUGGCCUGCCGUACCUGGUGCAGAGGACCAUGGCUCGGCAGAUCUCUCUGGUCGAGUGUGUCGGUAAGGGCCGGUAUGGGGAGGUGUGGAGGGGCACCUGGAUGGGAGAGAGUGUUGCCGUGAAGAUCUUCUCCUCCAGAGAUGAGCAGUCCUGGUUCCGAGAGACCGAGAUCUACAACACUGUACAGCUCAGACACGACAACAUCCUGGGCUUCAUAGCAUCUGACAUGACUUCUAAGAACUCCAGCACCCAGCUGUGGCUGAUCACCCACUUCCACGAGCUGGGUAGUCUCUACGACUUCCUCCAGUACAGCAGCCUGGACCCCGAGGGCUGCCUAAGGAUGUGCCUGUCUGUAGCCUGCGGCCUGGUCCACUUCCACACUGAGAUACUCAGCUGCCAGGGCAAGCCUGCCAUCGCCCACCGAGACCUGAAGAGCCGGAACAUCCUGGUCAAGAGGAACGGACAGUGCUGCAUUGCCGACCUGGGCCUGGCUGUGAUGCAUUCUCAGACCAGCGAUUACCUGGACGUGGGGAACAACCCCAGGGUGGGUACCAAACGCUACAUGGCCCCAGAGGUUCUGGAUGAGACCAUCCGCAUGGACAUCUUUGAGUCGUACAAGCAGACAGACAUCUGGUCCCUGGGCCUGGUUCUCUGGGAGAUUUCUAGACGGACCAUGGUCAACGGGAUAGUGGAGGAGUACCGGCCGCCCUUCUUUGACAUGGUGCCCUCUGACCCCAGCUUUGAGGAGAUGAAGAAGGUGGUGUGUGUAGACCAGCAGAGACCCAGUCUGCACAACAGGCUGCACUCGCACCCGAUCCUGGCUUCCAUUGCCAAGGUAAUGAAGGAGUGUUGGUUCCAGAGCCCCCCAGCCCGACUCACAGCUCUCCGUGUCAGAAAGACUCUCUCCAAGCUGGACCAGGACCAUGGCUACCCCACAGAGAAACUCAAAAUGGACCUGUAGGCCUCGACACCGGACUGCAAGCAGGACGUCUAGACCUCAACAUAAGACUACGACCAGCACACCAAAAGUAGGGCUUAUAGUCUUAUAUAGAGACGAUCUAUAUCCUCUCCUACUACUUAAGACUCUGUGUCCCAUAUAUCUAGUGCUUCUUCCUAAAAGGCUGUCGCCUGGAUCAUGUAAUCUGGAAUGCAAUCGAAAAAUGUAAUGUAUUUGCUUUGGCCUAUUUAUCUGCUGAGAUCUGGAAUGGGAAGCAUAGCAACCGACACAUUUGGACUUGGAUCAUUCUAUGGACAGAACCAUUUGCCGGUAACUGCCUGAUUACUCCUGUUGAAAGAGUUCACCGACUUCCGGUCUUCUGUAGAGCAUGGACACUGUCUUCCAUAGAGCCUGGACACUGUCUUCCAUAGAGCGUGGACACUGUCUUCCAUAGAGCAUGGACACUGUCUUCCAUAGAGCAUGGACACUGUCUUCCAUAGAGCGUGGACACUGUCUUCCAUAGAGCAUGGACACUGUCUUCUAUAGAGCAUGGACACUGUCUUCCAUAGAGCGUGGACACUGUCUUCCAUAGAGCGUGGACACUGUCUUCCAUGGAGCGUGGACACUGUCUUCCAUAGAGCAUGGACAUUGUCCUCUCCUUAGGGGCCCACCGGAUUGAGAGAUCUUCAGAGUUUGGUGGAUGUGAUGUCCUUGUGGGAAUGGGUGUCUCACCGUUGGAUCAGUGAGGCCUUGUGGACAUAGCGUGAUCAUUUCAAGCGGCCGUUUAAUGCCUUGCUGGUUUCUUAAUUGUUUUGAUGCACUAUACAGGAUCUAUACGUAUUGAUUUAUUUUGCAUUUCCUGAAAACCUUUUCAGCUGACCAUAUACAGUGCCCUUGUAAUGCUCCCAUUACUACAAUGUGUUACUCAUGAUGAUAUUGUAAGCACAGAGCUAAUAAAUCAGUUCUAUCUACUCUUAACAAUAGGAUGUUUCUUUCACCCGAUUUACUGUUAAAAGCUGUUUUAAAGUUAAAGUACUUCUAUAUUUUACGAUGUUCAUUAUAUACAUGCGUUUGUUUUUAAUCUGAAAUUAUAUCUGCAAAUACUUUCAGCACAGAAUUACCAUCAUUACCAUCACUACCGUUCAACAAUAUUGAAAAGGGAAAAUAAAUAAAAACCAUCACGUUGUUUA